AUGAGCCAAGACCGCCAGUUUGGAAGCGCAAGCGAAGCAGCAUCGGGCAACGCUGGCGGCGGCCCAGAUGCGUCGUCGCCCGCUGCCUUGCUCUUACAACACUCGAGGCUCGAGGAAGACGUGAUACCAACAGCUAUAGUGAUCAAAAACAUUCCGUUCGCGAUUAAAAAGGAGCAGCUGCUCGAAGUUAUCGCAAAGAUGACGCUGCCACUGCCCUACGCUUUCAACUACCACUUUGAUAACGGCAUCUUCCGCGGACUUGCGUUUGCGAAUUUUGCGACUACAGAGGAGACGACGCAGGUUGUGCAGACGUUGAAUGGCAAGGAAAUCGGUGGCCGUAAACUCCGCGUUGAGUACAAGAAAAUGCUGCCCCAAGCGGAACGCGAACGCAUCGAACGUGGCAAGCGCGAAAAAAGAGGUCAACUCGAAGAACAACAUCGUUCCACUUCUAACGUCUCGCUUCAAUCGCUUGGCAAGAGCGCGGCACCAGGACCUAAUAGUAGCCAUGUCCAGCCAGGUGCACCGGGCAGCCAACCGGGUCUGCCUUCCAACGGCGGUGCUCUUACGUCUGCGACGGGAAAUACGCUCAAUUCGCCUGCGUCUUCAAGUCAAAUUUUUGGUUCCUUUAUGAACGGUCCCUCUCAAAACGUGCCCAACCAAUCCUCGCUGCUGUCGUCGCAAAACACCGCUUCCUCUAUGAUGAACCCUGGAAACGGCAAUGCCCAGCCAGGGACACAGAAUCUGAGUCACGCUUCCGGCGCAGAGCGUUACUACGCCCCUCUACCAGCUUCGACAAACAUGCCCCUCCCACCUCAACAACUGGACUUCAAUGACCCUGACACGCUCGAGAUAUACUCACAGUUGCUACUGUUCAAAGACCGCGAAAAGAACUACCACGAACUGGCGUACCCAACAGGUCUUUCUGCGGCUCACAAGCGUGUUAUUAACGUACUGUGCUCUUAUCUGGGACUUGUGGAAGUUUACGACCCGAGCUUCAUUGUUAUCCGCCGUAAAGCGCUAGAUCACGCCGCUUUGCAAUCUCAUCUGCAACAGCAAGGCCAAUUGCCCGUCAUGCAACCUUUGCAACCCAGCUCGACGGGUGGUUCGCUCUCGAAAUCCCAUUCUUAUACCUCGCUGUUACAAGCCCACGCCUCAGCAGCUGCCGCUGCCAUCGUACACCCACAGUCCCAGCACCAGACACCUGCUCAGUCGCCCUUGAUGCAGCCAACCGCCUUGCAUCAUAUGGACUCCCAACAGCAACAGCAGCAGUCGUUAUUGAGACAACAGUCGUCUCAAACGCCGUCCUCCUCUAUACUCCACAACCGUAUUCCGACUGGGUAUGCCACGAAGGCAACGUCAACCACGAACAACCCACUUUUGAGAAAUUCAGGUGUGUCCCCGCCAUCUGCCGCAACCCAACCAAACACAGUGCAACGGAUGCCUUCAUUCUAUUCGCAGACUCCUUCAACGCCCAACUUGAAUGAAACCCGCUUCGUAUCGCAGCGGCUUGAUCCGCAAAAUACCAAUGGGAGUAUUCAUUCAAAUUAUUCUAUGCAGUCUUUCCAAGAACCUGUUGGCGAACUGCCAGUACACGAUAUCAUGUAUUCCACGGUAUCUCAACUGGGACUAGGUCCAGAUCUGGAUGAAGGUCUCAGUCGCUCGCUAAGCGGCUUAGACUUGCAAGUCAAGAAAAACUUGUGGGGAUAA